AAAGACGGUAGAGGAAUCCGCCUGUUUGUGUCAUGAUUGCUCUUUUGCUCCCCAUCCUCAGCGAAACAACCCCGCCCAUCACCCAGACCCCCCAAUUCCAGGUUUGUGACGUCCAGCUUCCUGUCGCACAAAAUGGCUCCGAAGAUUGCUAUUGUCUAUUACUCGUUGUACGGCCACAUCCGGCAGUUGGCCGAGGCUGAGAAGGCUGGUAUUGAGAAGGCUGGCGGCACGGCGGAUGUGUACCAAGUCCCCGAAACGCUCUCUCAGGAUGUGCUGGAAAAGAUGCACGCCCCGCCCAAGGCAGCCGACAUCCCCGUCCUCGAGGAUCCCAGCGUCCUGGAGCAGUACGACGGCUUCCUCUUCGGCAUCCCCACGCGGUACGGCAACUUCCCCGCGCAGUGGAAGACGUUCUGGGAUAAGACAGGCAAGCUGUGGACCUCUGGUGCCUUCCAUGGCAAGUAUGCCGGUCUCUUCAUCUCGACGGGCAGCCUGGGUGGUGGUCAGGAGUCGACGGCCAUAGCCGUCCAGAGCACGUUGGCCCAUCACGGCAUCAUCUACGUCCCUCUCGGCUACGCCAAGGCCUUCGGCAUCCUGACCGAUUUGUCGGCGGUCCGCGGUGGAUCGGCCUGGGGUGCCGGUACCUUCGCGGGCGUCGACGGCAGCCGCCAGCCGAGCGAGGCCGAGAAGGAGCUGGCCAUCAUCCAGGGCGAGUGGUUCUACAAGACGGUCGCCAAGGCUGUUGGUGCGUAACCACUCUUGACGCGGGCAAACGAAAGGCAUGGCCGGCGGUGCUAAUAAGCGGUCGGAAGGAGGCCUGGCGGAGAGCACGGGUAACACCGUGCCAACGCAGGCUGCUGCGACGCCGGACACGAAGAAGAGGGAGGAGCCGAAGGAGGAUCGUGGUCCUGCCAAGAAGGAGUCGGCUAAG